CCUAACAGCUGGUAGUACAAAAAACAUUUUGUAUCGUGGGUUUCACGUUUCUGUUCAAUUUCUUAGUAAUUAAGCGUUCCAGCGGCCAUGUUGACACAUUUAACUUGAGAAACUGACUUGGGUUACCUGCACAUUUAGUCGGUUAACUGUUAAAUUUCAUUUGCACUUCAUGAAAGGAGUGUCCUGCUUAAAUACCAUCAUGAAAGCUACCUUGCAACAGCGCGGGAAAAUAUAUCUCUCCCUCAAGGAGUGUGAUUUGGAGCGCACUUUGCUUGGAGGACAAAGUUUUCGUUGGCGAUCCAUUGGGGAUGGCAAUAGAACGAAAUACUGCGGAGUCGUUUUCAACACCUACUGGGUGCUCGAGCAGGAAGAGUCCUGCAUAACUUACGAGGCAUACGGAGCCACCCCGUCAACAUUAACCCCUGUGGACCACACAGCUUUAAUUUCCGACUAUCUGCGGGCUGACUUCGACCUAAAACUUCACCAAAACGAUUGGUUAAACAGAGAUGAGAACUUUGUGAAGUUCUUGAGUAAGCCGGUUCGCGUUCUGUCCCAGGAGCCGUUCGAGAACAUUUUCAGCUUUCUCUGCAGUCAAAACAAUAAUAUCAAGCGGAUAUCUUCCAUGAUACAAUGGUUCUGUGGCACCUUUGGCACCAGGAUUGGCCAUUUUAACGGUUCCGAUGAGUUCACAUUUCCCACCUUGAAUAGGUUCCAGGACAUCGCACGCGACGAUCUAAAUGCCCAACUGAGGGCUGCCAAAUUCGGUUACCGGUCCAAGUUCAUAGCCCAAACAUUGCAGGAUAUCCAGAAAAAGGGUGGCCAAGAGUGGUUUAUGAGACUGAAGGGCUUGCCGUUCGAGAAGGCGCGCGAAGAGCUCACCCAGCUUCCCGGAAUCGGUUACAAAGUGGCCGAUUGCAUCUGUCUUAUGUCGAUGGGCCAUUUGGAGUCCGUGCCCGUUGACAUACACAUCUACAGAAUUGCCCAGAAGUACUACUUGCCACAUCUAGCCGGCCAAAAGAACGUGUCCAAAAAGAUAUAUGAGGAGGUCUCAAAUCACUUUCAAAAGAUACAUGGGAAAUAUGCCGGUUGGGCUCAAGCCAUUCUUUUUUCUGCUGACUUGGGACAAUUUCAAGACUCAUCCACAGUUGAUUUUAAAAAGAAAGCUAAUAAAAGUCUUAAAAAAUAAUACUAAUUAGUACAUAUACCGCUAAUUUGUAGC